AUGCACCCAGAUCUCAUCACCGUCAACCUCCUUACAUUUUGCAACAUGACCACAACCUCAGCGCUAUUUCGAGCUGGCCUUGUCGGGUUUGGCACUGCUGCCACGUUCUUCCAUUUGCCACUGUUGCAGGCAAGUGGUCGCUUCGAGGUCACCCACGUUGUUGAACGCACUCAAUCGCUCAGCCGUUCGGUUCUUCCCAACGCCACCAUCGUGCGCUCCGUGGAGGCUCUCUUGGCGGCGACGCCUCCUGUUGACGUGGUCGUGAUUGCCACACCUACAAACCUGCACUACGCUCAAGCCAAGCUGGCGCUUCUGGCCAAGAAACAUGUGGUUGUGGACAAACCCUUCUGUGUGAGUCAUGCGGAAGCGAUGGAGCUGGUGGCCCUCGCUGCGUCGCAAGGCGUGCUCUUGACCGUGUUUCACAAUCGCCGUUGGGACAGCGACUUCCUCACGGUCCAAGACCUCCUUCGUCAGAACUUGUUGGGUCACGUGGAAUAUGUCGAAAUCCACUUUGAUCGAUUCCGUCCAGAGCCAAAGCACAACUGGAAAGAAGAUCCUGCCAUCGGUGGGGGCGGGCUGCUGUACGACCUCGGCUCGCAUCUAGUCGACCAGAUGCUCGUGUUAUUUGGCCCCCCAGCUUCAAUUCAAGCCAAAGUCGAGACGCAACGACACUACGGCAGCAGUAGCGUCGGCACUGACGACUACUUUCAUUUGACGUGCCAGUACGACAGUGGGUUAGUGGUGGUAGUCACUGCUGGCAUGCUUGUGGCUGAGAUCGGCCCCAAGUUCAUCCUUCGUGGCACCAACGGCUCGUUUGAAAAGUACGGCCUCGACGCACAGGAAGCAUCCUUGCGCAUCGGCGGCAGUCCUGCGACUGAUCCAACGUUUGGCGUGGAAGACGAAAGUUUGUGGGGCACGUGGACGAAGGGACCUAACGCUGGCGAGCGAGUCCCGAGUCAGCGAGGCAACUACGUGGCGUACUAUAAAGGAGUGGCAGAUGCCAUUCAACAUGGCACACCGGCGCCAGUGCGUGCAGAAGAUGCCGCGCGAGUGAUUGAGAUCCUCGAACAAGCGAAAGCUCACCACGUAGCACCACCUGCCAGCACUGCGAAUAGGACGACAGCUCUUACAGGUUAAUCUAGGCACCGCUAGAUUCCUUGGGAACUCAAAAUGAUCGUUGAAAAUGACGUUUUGGCUGGGUAUACUGUAGUGCACGAGGUAUGGCUGACGAAUGAGCUAUAAUGUCAACGCUGUCCGUCCAGUCAAGAGUCUUGUCAAGUGUUCAAUCUACAGAUAUCACUU